CUGUGUCCUGCCCGGCCCAGCCCUUUAACAUUUCUGGUCACUGUCCCUAAAACACCGAAAAUUAAAAAUUGGCUCUUAUAAACCAAAACCCUAACAUAGCCAGACUCUUUACUUCUUUCAUACGCACAACGCCGCUCAUCUCUUCGUUUACUACGUUCUCCGCAUCAUUUGCUGGUUUUUCUAAGGACAACCAAAGAUGAGUCGAGGGACUGCUACUGGAACCAAGGGGAAGAAGAAAGGAGCUACAUUUACUGUCGAUUGUUCAAAGCCGGUAGAGGAUAAGAUCAUGGACAUUGCCUCUCUCGAGAAGUUUCUCCAGGAGAGAAUCAAGGUUGGAGGCAAGGCUGGUGCACUUGGCGAUACUGUUACCGUUACUCGUGAAAAGAGCAAAAUCACCGUCACUUCCGAAAGCAACUUCUCCAAGAGGUAUCUGAAGUACUUAACCAAAAAGUACUUGAAGAAACACAAUGUGAGGGAUUGGUUGAGAGUGAUUGCAUCAAACAAAGAUAGAAGUAUAUACGAAUUAAGGUACUUCAACAUUGCUGAGAAUGAGGGGGAGGAGGAAGACUAACUAUUUGCAACUCAAUGUACCUGUCUUAGUUUUUGCCUAUUUUGAACUUCUCUUGUUUAUUGUUUUGUUGAAUGAUAUGCUACAUUUAUCAACAGAAAUGUUGUUCUAUAAUUUUGGUUCUUGAAUUAAUGGUUUUAGUAUUAUGCUA